AGCCUGACGCUGCUGGCCGUGCGCAGGAGGAGUGGCCAGCCGGACCCUGAGCUGCAGCAGGCACUGCGCGCACGGCUCCGGCUACUGGAGAACGACACCCAGGAGGUGGCCCGAGUGCUCGGAGAAUUGUCAGCCAGGCUGCUGUCCAUCCACAGUGACCGUGACCAGAUUGUGGUGACAUUUAAGACUUUUGAGGAGGUCUGGAAGUUCUCCACCUACCACGCUCUUGGCUUCAUACCCCACUGCCUGGAGAACCUGCUGAUGGACCAGGCCUUCUGGCUGCGGGCACCUGAGGAUGAGGAGGAGGCAAACCUGGAGGUCUGCUUGGAGGAGGAGGUCCUGCGGGAGACACACCAGAGCCUGCUCAAGCAGGAAGGUUUCUACUAUGUCCUGGGUCCUGACCGCCGUGUGAGAGCAGUGCCUGGCCCCCGAGGCACGGGGAGGGGGCCCCAUGGAGCAGUGGCCUCAGGAGUGGACUCUGGGAGCCCCAGCCCCAGCUCAUCCCAGGAGGAGGGGCCCUCGAUGGACCUGGAACCUCUGACUCCAUUCCAUCAGUGGGUACUGAGGGCCCCCCUGGACCCCGUGGACCUUUCCACAGAAGAGCCUGUGGCUCCCAACCUCCCGAUGACAGCACUGACCACCAGCCUCCUUCCCACAGCAGGGGGCCUGGCUAUAGCGGAAGCUGACUGCCAGGGCUCCGGGCCCGAAGAGAUGACCUUCCAGGAGGGAGACCACGUCCGGAUCCUGGGGGCAUGGGUGCCCGGCCUGCCCUGGUGUCUUGGCCGGCAUGAGGCCUCGGGCCAGGUGGGCUUUGUGAGGACGCGACUCAUCAGCCUACAGGGACCUCUUUCCAGGUUGGAAAACGUGAUCUUCCUCAAUGAGGAAGAGCGGUCGUUCUUCAGGCAUGAAGGGCGAUUCUCAGAGGCGGACGCCAGACGGGUGCUGAGGACGUGUCAGCCGGACGCCUGCUCCGCGUACAGCUUGGAUAGAUUGGAUGAGGUCAUGGCUGAGCAAUCGGAAGAGCCCGAAAGGCUGUUGUCUUGCUUGAGUCCAAAGCCAAGCGACCUUCUAGAGAAGGUGAAGAAGGUUCUGGAAGAAUACAGAGCCUGCCAGGCCUGCCCCAAGGAGCCAGCAUCCUGGGGUGUGGACCCAGUGGCUAGUGAGGUGAGCCCGUUAGACCCAGAGGAGCCCAGCUUCACCCUGGACAUGGAGACCAGGUGGUCAGACACUGAGCUCCUGGGCUCAUUCCUGCAGUCCCUCAGCAUCCCCGGAUACCAGGCCUCCUUCCGCGGCCUGUACACCCUGUCCUCACCAUGGCUGGGUGGUGUCAUGGACGAGGAGACGCUGGCUGAGCACCUGGCGAAUGCCCGGGAGGUGGCCAAGAGGGCCAGGCUGCCCAUGGCCCUGGCCCGGCUGUGCUUCGUGCUGGCCCGGCUCUGUGUCCGGAAGGUCAAGCUGUCCCAGGCCCGGGUGUACCUGGAGGAGGCGCUGGGUGCCCUUGGCGGCCACUUUGAGGACCUGCCGCUUGUGGUGGCUGUGUACACCCACCUGGCCACCAUCUACCUGAGGCAGAAAAACUGGGAGAAGUGCUCGCUGACAAUGGACAAGGCACUGGCCCUACUGCUGGGUACCGCUGGCCCCCUGGAUGGCACUGAGACUGAGCUCCUGCAGCUGGCCCUACGACGGGCAGUGUGGACACAGAGUGAGGGCGCCGAGGCCCGGGCCUGCUUCCUGCUGGCCCAGCAUCACACUUGCCUCAAUCAGCCCGAGGCGGCCCUGCCCUUCCUGGAGAGACUGCUGCUGCUACAGGGCCACCUGGGGCACCUGGACGCGGCCUGGCCCGCCGACGGCUACCUACUGCUGGCCAGCACCUAUGGCCACAAGUGCCUGCCCCACCUGGCCCUAGGUUGUGUCCGUGUGGCCUCGCUGCAUGCCCAAAGCUCCCUGACCAGUGUGAUUCGGAGUGUGGAUCUCGUUCUCCAGCAUGCCCCCCGGCUGCACGGCCUGAGGCACACGGACCCCCGACUCCCUGCCCAGCUCGCCCCCUACCUCUGCCAAGCAUUGGCCUUCAUGGCCGCAGGGACAGAGCAGACAUUGCUUGCCACACUCUACAGCAGCCUGGCCCAGGUGCACAGUCACCACGGCCAGUACGGCCGGGCCAUCAGCCUCAUGAUGCGUGCUGUGACCACUGGAGCCACGGCCAACACCUGCCUCCUUGUGGACCUCCUGGUGGCUGUGGCCUGGAUGCACAUGCUCCAAGGCCAAAGCGUGGUGGCUCUGAACAUCCUGGAAUCCGUUAGGGAUGCGGCCGUGGCUGACAAGCACCAGGAGGGAGUGGUGGCCAACAUGGCUGCCAUAGCACUGAGAAGGACAGGCCACACACGGAGGGCAGCCGAGGGCUACUACUGUGCCCUGCGCGUGGCCAGGCAGCAGGGCCAGCGGCGUGACCAGGCGGUGGUGCUGGCCAACCUGGGCGUGCUGUGUGUGCAUGCAGGCACCGGGCAGCUGGCCGAGCACUACCUGGUGCAGGCCGUGAAGCUGUUCGCACAGCUGCCCAGUGGGGACAGCGGCCAUGGCCUGAUCCAGGCGCUGCUGCAGCUCGGUCACCUGUACGCAGGCACAGGCCGGGCCCAGCAGAGCAGAUGCUGCCUGGAGUGGGCUUUCCUGGUCGCUAUGGAGAUGGGAAACUUAGAGAGCCAACUGCAUGCCGUCCAGCGGCUGUGUCACUUCUAUAGCUCGGUGCAGCCCGACGAGGCCCAGAGUGUCAUCUACCAUGAGUUCCAGCUCUCUCUGGCUCGGAGGAUGGCUGACAAAGCGCUGGAGGGGCAGCUGCUGGAGAUCAUCAGCCAGCUCUACCUGUCACUGGGCACCGAGCGGGCCUACAAGUCUGCCCUGGACUACACCAAACGCAGCCUGGGUAUCUUCAUUGACCUGCAGGAGAAGGAGAAGGAGGCCUAUGCCUGGCUGCAGGCGGGGAAGAUCUACUACAUCCUGCAGCAGCACGAGCUGGUGGACCUAUACAUCCAGGUGGCACAGAAUGCGGCCAUGUACACUGGAGACCCCCAGCUGGGCCUGGACCUGUUUGAGGCAGCAGGCGACAUCUUCUUCAAUGGGAGCCAGGAGCGAGGGAAGGCAGUGUCCUUCUACAGGGACCGCGCACUGCCCCUGGCCGUUGCCACGGGGAACCAGGAGGCGGAGCUGAGACUGUGUAACAAGCUGGUGGCACUGCUGUCCGCACUCGAGUCGCCCCAGGAGGGACUGGAGUUCGCCAACGUAGCACUGGCACUCAGCAUUACCCUUGGGGACCAGCUGAAUGAGCGAGUGGCCUACCACCGGCUGGCCGCCCUGCACCACCGGCUGGGCCAUGGCGAGCUGGCCGAGCACUUCUACCUCAAGGCCCUGUCACUGUGCCGCUCGCCGCUGGAGUUCGACGAGGAGACACUGUACUAUGUGAAGGUGUACCUGGUGCUUGGGGACAUCAUCUUCUACGACCUCAAGGACCCAUUCGAUGCCGCGGGGUACUAUCAGCUGGCACUGGCCGCAGCCGUGGACCUGGGCAACAAGAAGGCGCAGCUCAAGAUCUACACACGCCUGGCCACCCUGUACCACAAUUUCCUGGCCGACCGCGAGAAGUCGCUUUUCUUCUACCAGAAGGCCCGCACCUUCGCCUCUGAGCUCAACGUCCGCAGGGUCAACCUGGCCCCCGACCGCUUCUAUCAUCGUGCGCCCUGGCUGGCCCCCCAGCUCCCGCCCUGA